UAUAUGAAAAUGAAAAAUCUUUAAUAAAAUCAGCAGUGGUUAGUUUUGAAGAGUUCAGAAAUUUUGAAGAUUUACUAAAAGCAGCAUUACAUCUAAAAGAAUUGCUUUUCGAAGAAAUGUUAAUUAAAAUUAAUUUUCAAUAUAAUAAUUCUUCAGUUUGGCAUCCUAUAUUAAGUGGUCUUGAUAAAAAUUUGGAAGUGUAUUCUCAAUUGAAGGCGCAGCAUGUCUGUUUUAUAAUAGAUUCAAUAAUAAAUAAUCCUGAUGAGUUAUCAGAUAAAAGAAUUUCAGCAUUUGAUCUCAUGAUGGUGCAACAGCAUUUAAAAAAACUUCUGCCACCUUAUAACACCAAUUUCGUAUAG